AUGACGCUCGACAUGGAAACGAUAACAAAUUAUUCGGACGAGUACAGAUUGAUUGAAGGAGUUGACAACAACGUUACGAUGGCCUGUUUUCUACUCGUUGCUUUCACGUGUGCCAUCUAUUAUGCAUAUAAAAAGGGAAAAGAGCUGCGUCAAUCCAUUCACCCUCAACUUGUCGCAAAUGUUGAUGCAUUUCGAGCGGCAGAAGCUCGUCUUGACAAUGCUAGUGCGGAGAGGUUGCGGGAAGCACGUGCGAACAAUGAUCAAAUCGAUUGUCCCAUUUGUUAUACGGAUGCGAAGUUUGCUGUUUUAACAAAUUGCGGGCACAUUUUCUGUUGCGAGUGUAUCAUUGGUUAUUGGCAACAUAGUGCAUCACCCGUGGCUCCGGUAGCUUGUGCUAUCUGUCGAACACCAGUUACCAUGCUUCUUCCGGUCAAUUGGCGAUUCGAGACGACAGAUGAAGAUGAUCAAGAUGCGCUGCAAGAAAAUAAUAUUCGAUUAGACGACUACAACCGGAGAUUUUCAGGAGAACGACCGUGGAUCGAUUACCUUUACGAUUUACCAGUGCUGAUCCCAUAUGCUUUGCAAAAUUUGGCGGAUUUUAACGGUCUUGGUACUCUUUUUCGCAUUCGGAUUAUCGUUUGCCUUGCAACAGCCAUGAUUUAUUUAUUGGCACCCUUCGACGUCUUUCCAGAAAGUGUUUACGGAAUUCUCGGGUUUGUCGACGAUAUCUUUGUGAUCUUCAUCGUGCUCAUCUAUUUUGCUGGCAUCAUUCGAGAUUUUAUGGCGCAACGAGGACAAGUUCAACGAGAUCCAUUU